AAGCCGACGGCGAACAGCCCCGCGCUAGCUAAAGCAAAAACAAAUUUUUACACCAACACAAUUAUGUAACGAUGGAAGAAAGAAAUAUUUUUUACAAUUUUACCGAGUAGUUAGCAGCCAAAUUAUAAUAAACCAAGUGUGAUUGUCAUUAUGUGAAGUUAAAUAAUUUUGUGUCCACAACUUGUGAAGGUAUUGAUUUUCUGUGACUUACGGUGAAUGCGGAAUCUCUAUUAUGUGUUGUGUUUUAGUGUUUUAGAAGAUAAAAUGGCCGUCCAACGACACGUGACUAUCUCCUUCGGCCACACAUGACCCACAAAAUGGAGGGGGGAGGCGCUUCGGCCCCAGAGGCUUACCAAUAUGUGGGGCCAUUUCGGCUGGAGAAAACCCUGGGAAAGGGGCAGACUGGCCUGGUAAAGCUGGGCGUCCACUGCGUGACAGGGAAAAAAGUGGCCAUCAAAAUUAUAAAUAGAGAGAAACUUAGCGAAUCUGUGCUUAUGAAGGUGGAACGUGAAAUAGCUAUAAUGAAAUUAAUUGAGCACCCGCACGUUCUUGGCUUGUCUGAUGUGUAUGAGAAUAAGAAAUAUUUAUACUUAGUACUGGAGCAUGUUAGUGGUGGUGAACUAUUUGAUUAUUUAGUAAAAAAGGGGAGACUCACGCCCAAAGAAGCGAGGAGGUUCUUUAGACAGAUCAUAUCUGCGUUGGACUUCUGUCAUAGUCACUCUAUUUGCCAUCGAGAUUUGAAACCUGAAAACCUGCUGUUAGACGAAAGGAAUAAUAUAAAAAUCGCCGAUUUCGGAAUGGCGUCACUGCAACCGGCAGGGUCCUUGUUGGAGACCUCGUGUGGCAGUCCACAUUACGCUUGCCCGGAAGUUAUAAGGGGAGAAAAAUACGAUGGCAGAAGGGCUGAUGUGUGGUCGUGUGGUGUUAUUUUAUAUGCUUUACUGGUGGGCGCUUUACCGUUUGACGAUGAUAAUUUAAGACAACUACUCGAAAAGGUAAAAAGGGGUGUGUUUCAUGUACCCCAUUUUGUGCCGCCUGAUUGUCAGCAACUGCUACGAGGGAUGAUUGAGGUCAAUCCCGAGAAGAGGAUGACGUUAGCAGAAAUAACUCGCCACCCCUGGGUGACCGCGGGAGGCCGGGGGGAGUUGGAACAGGAGCUGCCGAUGAUGGAGGUGGUCCAGACCAGAGUGCUGCCGUCCGCGGAAGCCAUCGACCCUGAUGUGCUGCAGGCGAUAUGCAGUUUGGGCUGCUUCAAGCAUCGGGAGAAGUUGAUACAGGACUUAUUGAGUCCGCAUCACAACACGGAGAAGGUGAUAUACUUCCUGCUGCUGGAGCCCGCGCCCGCCGCGCCCGCCGACCCGCCGCGCAAGCGCCUCGACACCUGCCGGGUCAACGGUCAGUCAGCUCACUUCGGACAGAUAAGUGAAGGGUCACCGAUCACACCGCGACGGUCACAGUUCAGGUUUGGUCGUAACAGGUCCUCCAGCCGUCGCACUGAGGGGCGGAGUUCACCCCAGCUGUCUGCUAGUCCACCUGGUCACACGCCUCACCGCGUUUCUUCACUAGGCGGCACCCCGGCGACGCCUGGCUCGCCACUGGCGUCACCCUCCGUCCGCGAACACCACCACCAGAGGGCUAAUUCUACUGGACCCACGAUAAGCUUAAAUAUAAGCGGGGAGCCCGGCGAGGCGGUCAUAAUAAUAAACGAAUCGCCAAUGGUUGGAUCUUCCGUCUCUGUCAGGCCGCACAGUCCGUCUCACUCGCACAGAGUGCGAGAGAGGUCGUCCCUACCGGGGCCAACUGCGCAGUCUCCGGCGCAGACGUCCCUGUUCCCCAAUCUUGGGACCAUUGCUGUACCAGCGGGCUCCGGCACGGGCCCGGCGGCGCCGUGGCGGGCGCGCUUGGCCACAAUUAAGAAUUCAUUCCUUGGCUCGCCACGGUUUCAUCGGAGGAAAAUGCAGACUUCUUCAGAAGAGGUCCACCUCACCCCGGAAAGCUCUCCGGAACUGACGAAACGCUCCUGGUUUGGCUCGCUUUUAUUAUCCGCGGAUAAAGAGGAGACAUUCACAGCACUUGUCAAGGGGAAACCGCUGGCCACCGUUAAGGCUGACUUGAUACACGCGUUCCUGAGUAUAGCCGAACUAUCCCACAGUGUACUCAGCCCGAUGUCUUUUCGGGUUGAGUAUAAGCGUGGCUCCAACGCGCCGGCCAUGUUCCAACGGCACGUGAGAUUUCAGGUCGACAUUUCUACAAUAACGAAAGCGCCAGGUGAAAACGGAAAGGAGUAUUUAUACGCCAUCACGUUUACAUUAUUAUCUGGCAACAUACGUCGGUUCCGGCGCGUGUGCGAGGUGGUGCAGGCGGCGGUGUGCCGCGCGCCGGGCGCGUCGCGCGCGCCGCCGCACCACCCGCCCUCGCCGCGCGCCGCGCGCCGCAACCUGCAGCCGCUCAAUGCAAACGAAAUACCGGAUAGUCCAGAGACGCCACAGCACCAGGAGCACGACAGCGAUUGUUCCGUGUUCGACUCUAACACACCCGGCAGUCACACGUCCAUCGAGAGGUUGGACCAGAACGGCACGCACACGCUGGGCUCGAACUCGUCCGUCGCGAGCGGCUCCAGUGGGUACAAGCAAGGCGCCAGGUGCAGACGCGCCGUGGAGCCAGCCUCCGCCUCUCUGGACCACGAGAUAAUGAGCUGCGGCCGGGAUCUGCCUGGUACUCACACAAAACGAUCAUCGUCCGAAUGUCGAGAAUCGUCAUCAUCACCUCGCAGGGGUUUAGAGUCUCGGGACUCCUCGAUAAAAGAUGAAUUGCGACGCAAUAAUUCACUGCGGGAGAAUAGACAGCACAGAGGCGACGUGACGCCUACAUCGAUCGCGUAAUCGCAUCGCUUCGGGUGCAGCCGUUCGGCGUGUUAGCCGCUGUUUCGUGGCGCAUUUUGGAGAGUCGCGUUGUGUUGUUGUUCUGAUGCGAUGGAGUAAGGUGUUUUUCGGAAUGGGAACAGCGGGAAAUGCAUUAACUUGUUAAAAAACAGUCAGUAUAUACGGAAAUUUUUGAAUUUACAUGAAGUAUCUGUGCGGAAUGACUGCGAUGAUAUAAUGCUGUCAUCUUAACCCGGUGCUGUGAAACUCUGAAGAAAUAGGAAAAAAAAA